UCACCCUGACAUGAUGAGUCUCUGCCGCUGGUGACAGAGGAGGAUGUUUUGGCACAUGGGUCCCAUCUGACCUGGAGACUGUACCGACACACACUGACAGAGAUUACAUCGCUGGACACGAGUGGCAGCAGCAGCUCUACGUGAUGGAGGAGUAACCCGCUUCUUCACGAAUGAAGAGGUGAUGGGUUGGACGAAGCUGAAUUGUGCCGGAACUCUACCGAUACAGACCUUGAGGAUAUUAAACAACACGACUGACCAUGAGUCAGAAACACUGUUGGGGACAGCAGGACCUCAACAGCGUGUGCUCGGGCCUAAGUGCUGACAUGGAACAAAACCUGACGGAGCUUCAACAACAGCAAAUGGACAAGGAAUAUAAAUCCAAUAUCUCAGGCCCCCAGUCUCCUUUCUACUCUGAUACUUAUUGCCUAAUGUCCGAUAACUUACUGCGGACCCACGAUGGAGACCAGGUCGUCCCUUCUUCCCAGAGAAGACCAGUGUCCGGGGGCUUCCAGCGAGGACCCAAGCCCCUGCCACCGCUCCCUGACCCUGAGGAACUCAUGUCGGACGAAGCAGCUGAUAACGAGGUGGAGUUUUUUACCAGUGACCGACGGCGCCUUUUGCCCAAAAGCUGCCCCAAGGCCAUUACCAGGGGCAGCAACAGAGAGAGUGGACAAGUGAAUCACGCCUACCAGGAGAGGCUGGUGGAGCCAGUCCCAGCAGGUGGAGCUGGAAUGGGCUCCAUGGCUUUCUCCUGGCCAGGCCGAGAGGACAGACCGACAGGUAGAGGAGGGUUCGGAGCCAACAACUGGGCCCCUGCUCUCCACAGAGAGGACCACCAGCAUGUGGCGUCAGCAGCUGGGGAUUCCUUGUGUAGCAAACAAUCGGAUCCACACGAGUCAGCCAGAUUUCGCCUUUCCUUCUCAGGCCAAGCAUUCCAGCCACACAGCAGCACCACAACCUGCCCCCCCGACAAACCACUGAUCCCUCCUCGCAUUCCCAUCCCGCGAAAACCUCCCGCCCUCGUAAAGACUGUGAGCACCAACGAGGAAGACAGGCCUCCCAGGAUUCCUCCGAGGGUUCCUUUAGUGCCACCCUGCCCGCCACGCACCCCCAGCCCCAAACGCCUUCCGAUUUAUAUCAACGGUGUGAUGCCCGCCACCCAGAGUUUUGCUACUAACCCCAAAUAUGUGAGCAAGGCCUUACAGAGACACCACAGUGAAAGGUCGCCCCCCGCAGCUCAGUCUACUCCCUGCAUCGUUCCCAUCUUGAAGGACGGGAGACAGGCCAGCGCCACACACUACAUCCUCCUGCCACCGGGCCGACCGCCGCGCACAGACCGACGGGAGAGGCUCCUCGGGGAAACAGCGAGGAUGUGGCAGAACAGAUAGAAACCCUCACACUGUGAGAAUGUAAACUGAACAUUUUACCAGCCAGUAUUUUAGCAGCAUGUUUUCCUCUGGUUCAACUCGGAAACACAUCAUAACAUUCCAGUGAUUUCACUAACAGGGAAGAAAUAUUCACCUCAUAUUCCCAUUUUUACUUUUGGUUUUGUGGGAUACUGCAGAUAUCUCACAGGGAAGAAAAAACAUCUGUCAGUCACUCGCUGACAUCACGAAAGAGAACACGACAUCUCUUAUAUGUGAGCAAAUAAUUACUGUAUGUACGAGCUGGGCUUGUACGUGAAUUUUUUUUGACAAUGCUGCUUUACAUCUUUAGUAUAAUAUUGUUGAUGGAUUUAAUGUUUGGCUGAAUCAUUCUCACACUAAGAUAAUUAUGAUUCAUGGUUAAUUAGACAGUGAACUCAUGUUAUUUUUUUCAAUGCUAAUUAUUUUUGCCACUUUAGUGUAAGUGUGCAGUUCUCAAUCCAAAAGCUGGUUUUACUUCAAACACCAAACCACAUCCCUCUCCUAUACACUCACAUUAAUCAUCUCAUUGAUUGAUUGAUUGAUUUCAAUUUCAUUAUUAUGUGAUCAGUGUUUAAUUUAUUUAAAAGUAUGUUUAGUGAUCAAACUAUUUAAACCUGCCAUCACACUUGAUAAUGAUUGACAGACCCUUUGAUACACAUAUAUAGAACAGCAGCAAGUCAUUUGUGUUUUAAGAUUUUACAUCAGCUGUUUUUAUAUACAUAUUUGUAAAAGAGGCCUUUUAAAAACAAAAUUAUGAUCAGUUGACAAACACUAAAUAUUGAUAAUUUGAAAUAGUAUUUAACAAUGUGUAUGAAUUUAACUCAAAUGCUGCAUUCAUGGUCACAAGCGUAAAGAUCUGGAUGAAUGUCUGUGCGGAGAAUAGAAAUCCUGUUACAUUAGUGCAGACCCACAUUUACAGCCUCUGUUACACCAGUGAGUUGAAAAGUUCUCAUGAAGGUUCUGUGGCUGUUUGUUAGUUCAUCAUGUUGCCGUGUCAAAAGUGAAUCAUUGUAAAAUUAUGUUUUUAAUAUAUUUAUAGAAAUAAAAUAACUUAUUCAUUCUA